GACGGAAUCGGGCGGGGUGGGCCACUGGUUGCGGGGCGAGCUGGGCGCGAGGCGCGCAGGCGCCCUGGGGACCCGGUAGCGGCGGCGGCGGUGGCUGCGGAGACGGCAGCGGCGGAGAGAGCCGGAUCCUUGGCCGAAGCAGGAGGCGGUGGCGGCGGCGGCCAUGGCGGCAGACGGAGAGCGAUCCCCGCUGCUCUCCGAGCCCAUCGACGGUGGCGCCGGCGGCAACGGAUUAGUGGGGCCGGGCGGGAGUGGGGCUGGGCCCGGGGGAGGCCUGACCCCUUCCGCACCACCUUACGGAGCCGGUAAACAUGCCCCGCCCCAGGCAUUUCCCCCGUUCCCUGAGGGACACCCCGCCGUGUUGCCUGGGGAGGACCCGCCCCCCUACUCCCCUCUGACCAGCCCGGACAGUGGGAGUGCCCCUAUGAUCACCUGCCGAGUCUGCCAGUCUCUCAUCAACGUGGAAGGCAAGAUGCAUCAGCAUGUAGUCAAAUGCGGCGUCUGCAAUGAAGCCACUCCAAUCAAGAAUGCACCUCCAGGGAAAAAAUAUGUUCGUUGCCCCUGUAACUGUCUCCUUAUCUGCAAAGUGACUUCCCAGCGGAUUGCCUGCCCUCGGCCUUACUGCAAAAGAAUCAUCAACCUGGGGCCUGUGCAUCCAGGACCUCUGAGUCCGGAACCACAACCUAUGGGUGUCAGGGUUAUCUGUGGACAUUGCAAGAAUACUUUCCUGUGGACAGAAUUCACAGACCGAACCUUGGCCCGUUGCCCUCACUGCAGGAAAGUGUCAUCUAUUGGGCGCAGAUAUCCACGAAAGAGAUGUAUCUGCUGCUUCUUGCUUGGCUUACUCUUGGCCGUCACUGCCACUGGCCUUGCUUUUGGCACAUGGAAGCAUGCACGGAGAUAUGGAGGCAUCUAUGCAGCCUGGGCAUUUGUCAUCCUGUUGGCUGUGCUGUGUUUGGGCCGGGCCCUCUAUUGGGCCUGUAUGAAGGUCAGCCACCCUGUCCAGAACUUCUCCUGAGCUUCAUGACAACCCACAGACUGUGCCUGGCCCCUCCCUGGUGGGGACAGUGACACUACAAAGGGAACCGUGGUAAAAGGCUCCCUCGGCUUCUGUAAAGGGAGCCAAGCAGCUGCCUUCCUUUUCCCUGGGGAGAGGUAGGAAGGAACCAGGCCCUCACCUAG